UGAAAGUAGAAAUUUAUAGAAUGAUCAAUGUCCUGGAGCGUUAAAAGAUAGAAAAUGCCAAUCCUGGCAACAGUAAGGGUUUUCUCACCAUCAUCAAGACAUCGAUUAUUCUCAUCCUUUCAAAAAGUUAUGGACAAUCUGGCCCCACCCAAACCUGGAGCAAGACCUGCCAGUUCAUUUGUAUAUGACAAAGCAUUUGUCAAUGGAGAAUGGGUAGCGGCUAGCAGUGGCAAAACGUUUGAAGUUGUGAACCCUGCGAAUGGUAAAGUUAUCGGUUCCGUGCCAGACAUGGACGCCACGGACACAGAGAGAGCCAUUAAGGUGGCCUACAAAGCAUUCCAGAGCUGGAAGGAAACUACAGCAAAAGAGAGGAGCACUUUGCUCAGAAAAUGGGCUAAUUUGGUCAAUGAGAACAUAGAAGAGUUAUCUAAACUUCUAACAUCAGAGAUGGGUAAACCCCUUGCUGAGGCCAAAGGGGAGAUAACUUAUGGUGGUGGAUUUUUGGAAUUAUUUGCUGAGGAGUGCAAACGUGUGGAAGGGGACAUAAUUCAGACUCCUGUAAAAUCAAGGAGACUCCUUGUCCUGAAGCAGCCAAUUGGAGUAUCAGGGAUGAUCACACCGUGGAAUUUCCCCAAUGCCAUGAUCACUAGAAAGGCAGGUGCUGCUAUAGCUGCUGGGUGUACUGUGGUUCUGAAACCAGCAGAGGACACCCCAUACUCAGCACUGGCUCUCUGUGAUUUGGCUAAGGAGGCGGGAAUCCCAGCAGGUGUGCUAAAUGUGGUAACAAGUUCCCGUAACAAUGCAGGUCAGGUUGGAAAGACCAUAUGUGAGAGCCCUCUGGUAACCAAAAUGUCAUUUACUGGGUCAACUGCUGUGGGCAAGCUAUUACUACAGCAAUGUGCCUCCACUGUGAAGAAGGUUUCUCUGGAGCUAGGAGGUAAUGCACCAUUUAUUGUCUUUGAGAGUGCAGACGUGGAUGCAGCAGUUCAAGGGGUCAUGGGGGCGAAAUUCAGGUGUUCUGGACAGACUUGUGUCUGUGCCAACAGAAUUUUUGUCCAUGAGAGCAUUUAUGAUGAGUUCGUACAGAAGAUGGCAGUUGUAGUUGAGAAAGACCUGAAGUUGGGAGAUGGAAUUGAUCCUGGUACAACCCAGGGUCCUCUCAUCAACAAGAAGGCUGUGGAAAAGAUCGAAGCACAUGUUCAGGAUGCUGUUAGUAAGGGUGCAAAGGUGGUGUGUGGUGGGAAGAGCAAGGGAGGUAACUUCUUUGAGCCAACCAUUCUAACAGAAGUCACCAAUGAAAUGAGGUGUUCCAGGGAGGAAAUAUUUGGACCAAUCGCUGGCAUCAUCAGGUUUAAAACUGAAGAGGAAGUAGUUGGCCUAGCAAAUGCUACAUCGUCUGGGUUAGCAGGUUACUUUUACUCCCGUGACUUUAGCCAAAUAUGGAGGGUGGCAGAACGUCUGGAGUCGGGACUUGUUGGUGUAAAUGAGGGAGUCAUCUCUACCCCUGACGCACCAUUUGGGGGAUGGAAAGAGUCGGGUCUAGGUAGCGAGGGUGGACGUUAUGGCAUUGAGGAGUACUUGGAGAUAAAAUAUGUUUGUAUGGGAGGUCUACAGUAAGAAUACUGGCAGGGAAAGACUAUAAUAGUCUUGGCUAUGAUCAUUUUGUCUUUGAAAUGAGGGGUGUUUUUAGGCUACUUUUGGAUACAGAUUACUAAAAAUGCACACAUUUUCUGGUGUUAAAAGAUUUCUAUCUAAUGAUUUUAUCUUUAUCCCUUCCAUUGAAAUAGAAUGUUUUUAUGCAUUGUUUUUUCCAUAACCUUAAUUUUUUUUUCUUAAAUUGUUGUGGGGGUGUUGUAUGCAAUUAAUGGAAUUUUAUGAAGAUUCUAGUAUCAUUAUGAUGAAGGAAUAAAGGAUAAUUGUAGGUAUGUAUUUUCUUUCACUGUUUUGGAAAUAUACUUUAGAGAGUUUUGUUGAUACUCAAUCCUGCUUUUUUGAAUUAAGAAAAUAACCUGCUAUUGAAUUAUUACCUGUUGCAUUUUAUUUACAUAGUUACCAAAUUUGUUUAUAGAUUUCAUAAUUCUUAUUUAUAAAAAUUGUUUAAAUACUUUAUGACUAUCCAAUGUUUUACUGAAAGUGUACAUUUAUAUCAGCAUUCCCUUUCCUGAUUUCAGUAAAAAUAAUAUGCUCAGUUGGUGCUUGAUUCAUUUCUUAAUUAUAAUAUUUGAUUAAUAUAAUGUUGCAUAUUGUGUAGAUUUUUUAAUCUAUUAUAAUGUCAUAUGGGAGAUAUGUAAAC